AUGAAUUGGACACCAGACCUCAGGGUUUUGGUCUUGACCGUGUACAGUAUCAUACUGCUCACUGGGGUUCCUUGCAACCUGCUGUCCCUCUGCAUCUUAAUCCGAAAGGCAAAACAAGAUGCCAAACCAAUUCACAUGAUCCUACUCAGCCUCAACAUCUCUGACCUGAUUUUCCUCAUUUCCCUUCCCAUUCGCAUAAAAGAGACAGCUGAUAAUGAAUGGAAUAUGAGUUACUUCUUCUGUCCUCUAGCAGCUUACAUCUUUGUGAUAAACUUCUUUAACAGCACCCUACUCUUAAUGACCAUUAGUGUGGAGCGCUAUCUGGCAGUGUUCUUUGCUAUUCAGUACAAACUCAAGCGGCAUCCUCGACAUACUGUCAUCAUCAGCAUCAUAAUUUGGGUGGUCAACAUGUCCCACUGCACUGUUGUCUUCUACAUGGAGUACCACUUUUUAGACAGUAUCCAAGGUUUGACAAAUGGAACAGGCUGCUACUGGUCCUUUAAUGAAGAACAAAUGAAGAUUCUUGUGCCUGCACGUCUAGUAUUAUCAAUAGUGGAGAUAUUUAUACCACUGAUGAUCUGCUGCUUUUGCUAUAUCAACAUCAUUCGUAGACUCUCCCUGACAGGCAACAUCAAGCCCAUGAAGCGUUUCAGAGCCAUUGGGUUGGCGAUAUCCACCCUUCUGGUCUUUAUGAUUUGUUUUAUUCCUUUAGGUGUGUGCUUUGUAGAAGGUUUCAUUGGUUGGAACAAUCCUUCAUGGAGAGUGUAUGCCAUGCUCUUCAGCAGCUUCAAUGCCUGCUUGGACCCAUUUAUUUUUUAUUUCUCCUCCAAAUCAUUGCAAAAAGCAUUUAGCAGGAGCAUUCGAGCACUCUAUAUGUUGUUGCAUAAUCUCCAAGUAAGAUUAAAUAUCACGAGAACUGCCGAUAACAGAGCUGACCAGAUCCAGCUACAAUCACAAAACUAG